AAAGCUUAAUUGAAUAAUAACUGUGACAUUAGUUUGAUCUUCGUUUGGUAUUUAAAUGACGCGGCACUCAGAGUUAUAAUUUUUAGUGUCGUAUAUUUUUCGUUGCAUUAUUGGAUUAUUAAUAAUUAUCAAAAUUAUAAAAUGGCCCCAAAUUCACAAUCAACGUCUGGAAACUUAAAAUACAUUGAUAAUGACGAUAUUGUAAUUUCUGGUAUAUCAGGCCGAUUUCCUAAUUGCGAUUCUUUUGAAGAAUUUAAACAAAAACUUUUUAAUGGCACAGAUAUCCUAGCUGAAGGAGAAUCCCGUUGGCCUGAAGGUAUUCAUGGAACCGUUACCAAAAUAGGAGUUAUCAAAAACUUAUCUAAGUUUGAUUCAACUUUUUUUGGAGUGCAUCCAAAGUUGGCUGAUAGAAUGGACCCUCAAGUUCGAAUAUUACUAGAAAGCACAUAUGAAGCUUUUAUCGAUGCAGGAAUGAAUCCAACAUCUAUGAGAGGAUCAAACACAGGUGUAGUUAUAGCAACUACUGAAAAUGAUUCUGCUGAUUGGUGGUCUGCUGAACCUGAUCGAGUAAAUGGUUAUGAAUUUUUAGGUGUAACAAGAACUAUGUUCCCUAACCGUAUUUCUUAUUCUUUUGAUUUAAAAGGUCCUAGUUAUUCAAUCGAUACUGGAUCUUCUGGCAGUUUACUAGCUUUUGAACAUGCAUACAGAAUGAUAAGAACUGGAGUUGCUGAUGGCGUCAUUAUUGGUGGUUGUUCUUUAAUAUUGAAUCCUGUUUUGUCUGUUAUGUUGCAGAAAUUUAAUUCACUUGCUCCUGAUGGAGUAAGUAAACCCUUUGACGCUAGUGGUCAAGGAUAUGUUCGAAGUGAUGCUAUUGUCGUCCUAUACUUACAGCGUGCCAGAGAUGCUAAACGUGUAUAUGCCACUGCUUUAAAUGCUUGUGCAAAUACAGAAGGUUUUCGAUUAGAAGGAGCUAUUCACCCUUCUAAUGUCGCACAAAUGAAAUUGUAUAAAGAAGUGUUAGAUAAUGCCCAUGUCAGUCCAGCAGAUGUAGAUUAUGUUGAAAGCAACGCAUGUGGAGAUCAGUUAAAAGAUUCACAAGAACUUAAUGCUGUUACGGAAGUAUAUUGCAAAAAUCGUUCAAAACCACUUUUGAUUGGAUCUGUCAAGUCAAACAUGGGUGACAGUGAACCAGCAUCUGGACUCUGCGGGAUUGUAAAAUUAGUAUUGGCAAUGGAAAAUCAAGAAAUUCCACCAACUCUCCAUUAUGUUACUCCCAAUCCUAAAGUGCCAGCCCUUAAAGACGGCAGACUUCAAGUAGUUAGUAAGUCACUUCCAUGGAAAGGAGGAAUAGCAGCAGUGAAUUCUAUAGGUAUUGGAGGAUCUAAUGCACAUGUCUUACUAAAGUCAAGUUGUAAAGAUAAGAAACCUCAUUCUCAAGAUCCAAUCCCUCGAUUGAUAAUCGGUUCAGGAAGAACUGAAAGUUCGGUUAACUAUAUGUUGAACCGAGUUGAAGAAACACCCAGAGAUCCAGAAUUGUAUGGUUUAUUGUAUAAUGUACAAAGUGAAAAUAUUCCAGGGCAUCUUUUUAGAGGAUAUAGUAUCCUCGGAGAACAUAAUAAUCGAGAAGUAGUGUCUACCGGAGUAGGAAAGCGAGAAGUAUGGUUUGUUUUUGCUGGAAUGGGAAGUCAGUGGAUUGGUAUGGGUCGAGAGCUUAUGGAAUUGGCACCAUUCCAAAAGUCUGUUGAGAAAUCUGCCAUAGUAUUGAAAUCUCUUGGAUUAGAUCUUUAUGCUCUUUACAACUCAAAUGACCCAGCUAUUUUUGAUAAUCCAUUAAAUACAUUUGUUGGAAUUGCUUCCAUACAAAUGGCGCUAAUAGAUAUUCUUAAACUAAUUGAAAUUGAACCUGAUAAAAUCAUCGGACACUCGGCAGGUGAAUUAGCUUGUGCAUACGCUGAUGGAACAUUAACCGUAGAACAAGCAAUUACUAUUGCUUACUGGAGAGGACGCAGUAUAUUAGAUAAAAAAUUACCACCUGGAGCUAUGGCUUCAAUAGGUUUAUCUUGGGAAGAAGUCAAAACCAAAGUUCCAUCAGAUGUUUUCGUUGCUUGUAAUAAUACUGCAGACAAUGUUACUAUUUCUGGUCCUCCUGAUUCAAUAUCUAAAUUUGUUAAUAAAUUGAAAUCUGAAGGAGUAUUCGCACGGGAAAUAAACAGUUGUGGAGUAGCUUUUCAUUCACCAUAUAUUUUAUCUGUUGGUCCAGCUUUUAAAGAAAAAGUCAAGGGUGUUGUACCAAAUCCAAAACCUAGAUCGUCGAGAUGGUUAAGUACAUCUAUACCAGAAUCCGAAUGGAAUUCACCAUUGGCACAAUUUUCAUCGAUAUCUUAUCAAGUUAACAAUUUAGUAUCACCAGUAUACUUUUUAGACGUAUUGAAACAAAUACCUGAUAACUCUAUAGUGAUUGAAAUUGCUCCAAAUUCUAUUUUCCAACCUCUUCUAAAAUCUAGCACUGGAUCAAAUUGUACUCAUUUAGGUUUAUUAAGGAGAAAUCAAUCAACUACAUCAGAUUUAUUACGUAGCAUAGGGAAACUUUUUAAUGCUGGAUUACAACCCAAAUUAGAAAAUUUAUACCCUCCAAUAGAGUAUCCAGUAUCUAGAGGUACUCCAUCUCUUCAACCAUUAGUUGAAUGGGACCACUCUAGUGAUUGGCAUGUAUGCAACUUCAUUGAAACAGAAACUGCUACAUCUGGAGAGAUAGUAUUAGAAAUAGAUGUUGAAAACAAUUCCUAUAAUUACCUUAAAGGUACUUUUGUUGAUGGUGUCGAAGUUCUACCAUAUUCAUCAUACUUAUUAUUUGUUUGGAACGUAUUAGCUAAACUUCAGUUAAAAUCUCUUGAAGAAUUGCCAGUAGUUUUUGACGAUGUUCAAUUUUUCAAAUUAACUUCUAUACCCUCCAAUGGAAAACUAACUUUCAUUAUCAAUAUUUUGAAAGAAACACGUCAAUUUGAAAUAAAAGAAAACGACUGUGUUGUUGUUUCUGGAUUUAUUGAUAUCCAAGUAACCGACGACCAAAUUGAAUUAACGGAAAUAAAGGAUUAUGAUGCAGGUCAACUAAUGUCUAAUGAUAUUUAUAAAGAUCUUACAUACAAAGGAUACAAAUAUGGAAAAACUUUCCAGAAUUUAAGCAUUGUUAGUCAAAAUGGUAAUAGUGGUAGUAUUGAUUUUGAUGGACAAUGGGCUCCAUUUCUUGAAUCAUUACUGCAAGUACACUUAUUAAAUCUUGAUACGAGACAUUAUCAUGCUAUCAAAUACAUAAACAAAAUUUCAAUUUUACCAAAAAAACAUUAUCAAUCGUUAUCCUCAAAAAGCAUAUCAUUCAACGUUUAUGAAAACAUUAGAGUUGUUAAAACUGCAGGUGUAGAAUUCACUGAUAUUAGAUCACAAUUAGUUCCUGUUCGUAAAGAAAUACAAAAAUCAUUUGAUUUAGACACUUAUUCGUUUAUUCCAUAUGAAUCGAAUGAAGUUGAUGAACCACUUAAUUUAAUCGCUCAAAUCGUGUUAGAUAAUGUUAUAGGCCAUAUAGAAGUUUGCGAGAUUGUAACAAUUCAACAAGAACUGUUGAUUUUACAAGUCUUAAAUUUAAUUAGUUCUAAAACAUCAACACUGGUCAACUGCAAUGUCUAUGCAAAGAAUAUCAGUCAUUACAAAACAGAUAAACUCGUAGCAUACCACGAACAUGAUAUUACUUCCAGCACAAUAGAAAACCCUACAAAUUUAGUGUUAACUCACGGUGUAAUUGAAAAUAAAAACUUAUUUAGUAACAUAAUAGCUGCUGUUAAAAAUGGUGGUUUCUUACUUACUGUUGAACACAGUUUCGAUCCAAAAUUUAAACAAACUGGAAUAGAAAUUGUAGCAAAAUACACUAAAGGCCAUAAUAUGUUUAUUUUAUUAAAAAAAGUUACAGAAUCAUCCAAUCCUUUAGUUAUAGCCACAGGAUCAUCAUUCUCCUGGGUUGAAUUUUUAAAAUCUAAUCUUAAAAACACUGUUUUAAAUAAUAAAAGCAUUUUAUUAGUGGGUCAAAACUUAGAUAACUCUGGAGUAAUACCAUUAACAAAAAGCUUGAGACAAGAUUCAAAUGGCCAUUGUGUUAGAUGCAUAUCAGUCAAAGAUAACAAAGCUCCAGCUUUUUCCUUGACAGCUCCACUGUAUCAAGAGCAAUUAAAGAAAGAUUUAGCAAUUAAUGUUUUUAAAAAUGGUGUAUGGGGAACUUAUGCAUUAAUUCCUUAUAAACAGACUAUGGUACAAGCUGAACAUGCCUUUAUUGGUACAACAAAAGUAGGCGAUCUUAGUAGUCUUCAAUACAUCGAAGGAAAACUUUCGAAAUACAAUGUUAAAGAAUAUCCAAAUUAUAAUUUAUGUUACCCAUACUAUGUUCCACUUAAUGGAUUGGACGUGAAAUUCGCAAAUGGAGGAUUCCCAUACAAUGGACUUAAUGGAGAUAUUGCUCAACAGGAAAGCUAUCUUGGAAUGGAAUUUUCAGGGCGAGACUCCUCUGGCAAACGUGUCAUUGGUUUAGUACCUGGUGGUGCACUGGCUACAUCCGUAUUAGUACAUAAAGAUCUUGUCUGGCAAAUACCAGACGAAUGGACUCUUGAAGAAGCCUCAACUAUCCCAAGAGUUUAUAGUUUGGCUUACUACGCUUUGGUAGUAAGAGGAAACAUUCAAUCAGGUGAAUCUAUGUACGUGCAUGCUGGUGCAAGUGGAAUUAGUACUGCAGUUAUAGCUGUUGCACUUGAGCUAGGAGUUAUCCCUUACGUUGGAGUUUUUAAUAGAGAACAAAAAGAAUUUUUGAAAUCAAUAUACCCUCAAUUAAACGAUCACAACUUUGCUAAUCUAGCUGACAAUGGAGGAUUUGAACAACACCUUUUAGAGCAAACGGAAGGACGUGGUGUAGAUUUAAUAUUUGAUACUUAUACAGUCAUUAAUAAACGUCAAGAAUUUGUUAAUUCUUUAGCUGAAUACGGACGACUUAUUGAGUUUGAAGUAGUCGUACCUGUCUCAGAUUCUUUAGGAAUAUCCGGAAACAUGAAAUCUAUUAGCUUUAAUAAAAUUUCUCUCAGUACCAUACAUUUCUCAGACUCGGAGAUAAAAUAUAUUCAGCGUUUAGUCGCCCAGGGUAUAAAAAAUAAGCAUGUAAAACCUUUGUCUACGACUAUUUUCCCGGUAAAUAAAGUUGAAGAAGCAUUUAAAUUCACUGUAUGUGGUAGUUACUUGGGAAGAGUUGUUGUUAAAAUUAGAGAUGAAGAAAAAACAAAUGUACCAGCUAAACACACAGUAACUGCUUUGCCAAAAUCUUUCUUUUCGUCCGAGAAAUCAUUGGUCAUAAGUGGUGAUGAUGAUGCUUUAAGCUUAGAACUUAUACAACAUUUAGCAUCAAGAAGCGCUCGUAAAUUUGUUUUGGUUACAAAAAAUAAAGUACAGUCUGGUUUCAAAACGUUGGUUUUAAGACGCUUGAAGAACAAAGGCGUUAAUGUAGUAAUGUCUUCAGCCGACCUUUCAACAGUAAAAGGCGUCGAAGAAGCACUAAAAGAAGCUUUACAAUUGGGGCCAGUCUGUGGAUUUUAUCAUUUGAGCAACGCUCCGUCAACAGGUUUAUUACAUUCUCUCAGUGAAAAUGAUUUUAGUUUAGCCAAAAAUAAUGUCGCUGAUAUUGUUGCUAACUUUGACACAAUAAGCAGAAGAGUAUGUCCCCAAAUGGAACAUUUUGUUAUUCUUGCCCCAACAUUAGCAACUCGUGGAGAAGUUUCUAAAACCAACUAUGCAUUUGCCCAUGCUAGUCUUCACAAUGUUGCUGAAAUUCGAUCUAUUUCAGGCUACCCAAUUGUAAUUGUAGAAUAUGGUGCUAUAAGUGAAUGUUCAGACUCAUUCAAUGAUUCACGCUAUGAUAUUCAACCCAUGGCAUCAGCUUUGAAUAUAUUAGACAAUGUUACGCGACAAAAUAAUCAUUUAGUAAUCUCAUGCUCAAAACUAUUACAUCAAAGUCUUGAAAAUACAGAUGCUGCAAGUCUCGUGUUAAUGAAAAUAGCUAAACUUUUCGGACACAAUGCAUUAUCUGAUGUAGAACCAACAUUCACUCUUGCUCAACUAGGACUGGAUACAAUUUUAGGGCCUAAAGUUCAAAGUUUAAUUCAACAAGAAACUAAUACGUUGAUUAAUAUUGAAGAUCUGAGACUAAUGUCAUUCCCAACUCUCCAUACUAAAAUUAACUCAUUUUUAGCCUAAAAUGCAAAUGGAUUGAAGAAUUUCUUAUUUCUUAAAAUAUUUAUAUGAACUCAAAUACAUUUGUUAUUAUAUAUUUUACUUUAAAUGAUCAUAAAUAAAUAAAUAAAUUGCCUUUGAAAA